GUAUUUCCCACUUACCCUUCUGAAUAAUAUAUUGGAAUAAUUAAGAAAAAAUUUAAUUGUUUUAAACAAAAAGGGUUUCAACUAUUUGGCAGCACUACAGUUUCUGACAGCGUGAAAUGUGAAAUUUUCCUUCAGCACCCAAUCAGCAUACUAGAAUGAUCAUGUCACACUGAAGCCUGCAGUAAUGGCUGCUGAAAACUCAGCUUUGCCAAACAGGAAUAAAUUAUGUUUUAAAAUAGAAAAUUUAAUUUUAAUAAUAUUUCACAAUAUUAUUGUAUUUAUUUCUGUUAAGUAAAUGCAGUGGUGAGCAUGCAUGACGUAAAAAAAAAUAUAUAAUGUUGUAAACUUAUAGCUGGCAGUGUUAUUUGAAUCAGGAAUGUAAAUAAUUGCAAAGAAGAGAAAUACUUAAUGCUGAAAAAUCGGAUUCAUCUUAGGCUGCGUUUACAACUACUGGAGCAAAUAAAAAACAGAUGGAACUAAUUAAUCAAAUUGACCAACAGACUGAGUGACAGCUGUUUUUUCAUCAAUUACUUAAACCCCUCUGAUCUUGCAUUAACAUUCAUCAAAUGUUCUUUAGAACAUUUUAAUUAACGCAUUUACCAAUGACCAAAGGUGGAUGAUUUCAACAUUUAUUAUUCUGUUAAAACUGCCAGAUGAAAUCAUCCAUUUUAUUUUUUACCAAAGUUGGGGUUAUUUUUUAUGGUUUAAAUAGUAGAAUCAUAAAUUCAAUAUUUAUUAUAUUCAAACGGUUUACCUUUUUCACAUUUUAAUUGUUCACAUUCACUAAAAUACUCCACGGUGAGUCUCGGCCUCAUGUAUGAAGAUGUUCCUACAAGCCCCUUUUGUGUUCUUCUGUGCACCUUUUGUAGUACAAAUAUAUAUUUUAUUAGUACUGAUUUCAUAUGUCUAGUAACUUAUUAUUUGUCUUAUUCUACUUCUAACUAUAUUGUUUUAAAAAUAUUUUUUAAAAAUCUUAUAAACACAACGGCUCUGGGGACGCCCAUGCUCUGGAGAUGAAGUAGGCUGUGGAGUUUCUGUUGUCCUGGUAACGCGUCAACGGAAUCCGGGAAUGGCGAGUUUACUGGGUGAAACUCUGUUUGAGAUCAGUGGACAAGGUCCUGCUCCAAUAAAGGACUAUUUCCACUUUGCAAUAACAAAAUCUCAGGUAAUUUGGAGCUGGUGGAAGAUCUCUUUGAGGUCAGACUGCAGGAACACACCACCAGGACAACUGAGAGAAUCACAUGAAGACUUUUUAGAAGACAAACGUCUGCAAAAUCAAGUGAGAAUGGUAUUUGGUCCUCACAUCUUCCAGUACUCCCAAAAUUUAUGCCAGGGACACUAUGAUUAUAUUGUCCGUCUCCCCAAUGCUUUACUUUUCAACAUCAUGGCACAUCUGGACCUUGAAGACAUUUCAGUUGUUUCACGCACCUGCCGUAGGUUUAAAGAGCUUUGUAACUCUGAGGAUUUCUGGGAGCAGACAGUGAGGAAGCAUUGUGACACUGUGACACCAACAGUGGAGGCUUUAGCUGAGGAGGUUGGCUGGAGGACAAUUUUCUUUACCAACAAGCUGCAGCUGCAGAUGCAGAUUAGUCGCCGGAAGCAGAAGGAAAAUCAGCCCUGUGAGGAUAAAAACCAGCCAAGUCCUUCUUCAGUACCUUUGGAGUAAAUGACUGAAGACUGUUUACAAAGCCUUUUUUAAGUCUGAUUAAGACUUUAUUUCACAAAACACUAUUUUUGCUUGUAUUGAAGAUUCACUCAAAUCUAAUCCAACUGAAGAUUGCUCAAAUCUAAAAUGUUUUUGAGCCAAAGAACCAGUUUUAGGUGAAAUAUUUAUGCUGUAUUUCACAACUUGUAAAAUAAACACAUAAUAGCUGAUUUUCUGCAGUCUUUGAGGUUAUUUUAAUACAUAUCCAAAGACUGAGAUUAUGCCAGCACGUGUUUUCUCUACUUUACCAAACACAACACAGUUCUAUAUAACACAUAAUAACAGUAUUGUCCUGUCAGAUGCCAAUUUUUGUGAAUAAAAACCUUA